GCGGGGCGGGAGCCUGGCAAGCCGCGGGGACUAGAUUAAAGGAUUUACCUGAAGACAAAGCCUUCUAUUCAUCAGAGACUGGACAAGAGUUACUCUUGCUUUUGGCAAUUAAAGAUGAUGUUGUCAUGGAAACAGCUGCUCCUACUUUCAUUCAUUGGCUGCUUAGGAGGUGAGCUUCUCCUGCAAGGCCCUGUCUUUAUCAAAGAGCCCAGCAACAGCAUUUUCCCUGUUGGUUCAGAGGAUACAAAAAUAACUUUAAAUUGUGAAGCAAGAGGCAACCCAUCACCUCAUUACAGAUGGCAGCUGAAUGGCAGUGAUAUUGAUAUGAGUCUGGAACAUCGUUAUAAGUUGAAUGGAGGAAAUCUUGUGGUUCUUAACCCCAACAGAAACUGGGAUACAGGAAGUUACCAGUGUUUUGCUACAAAUUCACUUGGGACGAUUGUCAGCAGAGAAGCUAAACUCCAGUUUGCCUAUCUUGAAAAUUUUAAAACCAAAAUGAGAAGUGCAGUGUCAGUGCGCGAAGGCCAGGGCGUCGUCCUUCUCUGCGGGCCCCCGCCACACUCGGGUGAACUAUCCUAUGCUUGGAUCUUCAAUGAAUAUCCAUCAUUUGUUGAAGAAGAUAGUCGGCGAUUCGUCUCUCAAGAGACAGGGCACCUCUACAUUGCCAAGGUGGAGCCAUCUGAUGUGGGGAAUUACACCUGCGUAGUGACAAAUAUGGUGACGCAUGCCAGAGUGCUGGGCUCCCCCACUCCCCUGAUGCUGCGCUCUGAUGGUGUGAUGGGAGAAUACGAGCCCAAAAUUGAAGUUCAGUUUGCAGAAACUCUCCCGGCAGCUAAAGGUUCAACUGUGAAAUUGGAAUGUUUUGCCCUUGGAAACCCUGUACCCCAGAUUAACUGGAGAAGAAGUGAUGGGAUGCCUUUCCCCAGCAAAAUCAAAUUGAGGAAGUUCAAUGGUGUGCUUGAAAUCCCUACCUUCCAGCAGGAAGAUGCAGGCUCCUAUGAAUGCAUCGCUGAGAAUUCACGAGGAAAAAAUGUGGCCAGAGGGCGUCUCACCUACUAUGCAAAGCCUCAUUUGGUUCAGCUCAUAAAAGACGUGGAAAUGGCUGUGGAGGAGAGUCUUUACUGGGAAUGUCGGGCAAGUGGAAAGCCCAAGCCCUCCUACCGGUGGUUGAAGAAUGGAGAUGCCCUGGUACUUGAGGAGAGAAUACAGAUAGAAAACGGUGCCCUUACAAUAUCAAACUUAAAUGUGACUGAUUCUGGCAUGUUCCAGUGUAUCGCAGAAAACAAACAUGGCCUCGUCUAUUCCAGUGCUGAACUCAAGGUUGUUGCCUCUGCUCCAGAUUUUUCAAAGAAUCCCAUGAAGAAGUUGGUUCAGGCCCAGGUGGGCAGUCUGGUGAGCCUGGACUGUAAACCCAGGGCCUCCCCCAGGGCGCUGUCUUUCUGGAAGAAGGGGGACACAGUGGUGCAAGAGCAAGAAAGAUUUUCUUUUUUAAAAGAUGGAGGACUCAAAAUAGACAACGUGACAAAGGCUGACUCAGGAACCUAUACUUGCACAGCAGAAAACCAGUUUGGGAAAGCCAACGGGACAACACAGUUGGUAGUCACAGAACCAACUAGGAUAACGCUGGCGCCAUCUAACAUGGACGUUUCUGUGGGUGAAAGCGUCAUUUUGCCCUGCCAGGCACAACACGAUCCGCUUUUAGACAUUAUGUUUACCUGGUAUUUCAACGGGGCCCUCACGGAUUUUAAGAAAGAUGGAUCUCACUUUGAGAAAGUUGGUGGGAGUUCCUCAGGUGAUCUAAUGAUCAGAAACAUCCAGCUGACGCACAGUGGGAAGUACGUCUGCAUGGUGCACACGGGAGUGGACAGUGUCUCCUCUGCCGCCGAGCUCAUAGUGAGAGGUUCACCUGGACCACCAGGAAAUGUGAAGGUAGAAGAAAUCACAGACUCCACAGCCCAGCUGUCGUGGAAAGAAGGCACAGACAACCAUAGCCCGGUGAUCUCCUAUGCUAUCCAAGCAAGGACACCUUUCUCUGUGGGCUGGCAAACUGUCACAACAGUGCCUGAGGUCAUCGAUGGGAAAACACACACAGCUACCGUGGUGGAGUUAAACCCCUGGGUGGAAUACGAAUUUCGGGUUGUAGCCAGUAACAAAAUCGGAGGUGGAGAACCCAGUUUACCCUCAGAAAAAGUAAGAACUGAAGAGGCAGUUCCAGAAGUGCCUCCCUCUGAAGUCAGUGGAGGAGGCGGAAGCCGGUCUGAACUGGUGAUCACCUGGGAUCCAGUCCCUGAAGAGCUGCAGAAUGGUGAAGGUUUUGGGUAUGUGGUUGCUUUCCGCCCUCUUGGGGUUACCAACUGGAUCCAGACAGUGGUGACAUCCCCUGACACCCCAAGAUACGUCUUCAGGAACGAAAGUAUCAUGCCAUUUUCACCCUAUGAAGUCAAAGUGGGUGUCUAUAAUAACAGAGGUGAAGGCCCAUUUAGCCCAGUGACAACAGUGUUCUCUGCAGAAGAAGAGCCUACAAUGGCCCCAACUGAAGUCUCUGCCCAUAGCCUGUCUUCUUCAGAAAUUGAAGUUUUGUGGAACACCAUUCCUUGGAAGUUGAGCAAUGGACAUUUGCUUGGCUAUGAGGUGCGGUACUGGGUCAGUGGGGAAGAGCAGGAGUCCUCAAGCAAGGUGAGAGUGGCCGGAAACGAGACCUCAGCCAGGCUCCGGGGACUGAAGAGCAACCUUGCCUAUUACGCGGCUGUCCGGGCAUACAACAGUGCAGGCACCGGCCCCUUCAGUGCCACAGUUAACGCGACCACCAAGAAAACCCCUCCCAGUCAGCCUCCUGGGAAUGUGGUUUGGAAUGCUACAGACACUAAAGUGUUACUUAAUUGGGAGCAAGUAAAAGCAAUGGAGAAUGAAUCAGAAGUAACCGGCUAUAAAGUAUUCUAUAGGACUAGCAGUCAAAAUAGCGUGCAAGUGCUGAACACAAACAAAACUUCAGCUGAACUUGUGCUGCCCUUUCAAGAGGACUACAUUAUUGAAGUCAAGGCCACCACAGAUGGAGGGGACGGCACCAGCAGUGAGCAGAUCAGGAUUCCAAGAAUAACCAAUAUGGAUGCAAGAGGAUCCACAUCAGCCAUCUCGAAUGUCCACCCCGUGUCAAGUUAUAUACCUAUGGUACUGUUUUUCCUUGUAAAUGCCCUAUGGUGAUAUUUAUUCUUUUUUAUUAUUUACUGGAAAGUUCAUUGGUUACCAUAAUAAGUGCUCUCAUGAAACACAGUGAUUAUGCAUGGUUUUUUUUUCCAACUUUGUGUUUUUAACUUUCUACUUCAUUAUAGGUAAAAUAAGAGUAUAAUAAAACAACAGUAAAUCCUUUUAUAGGAAUCUGAAAUGCCUUAAUAUUUACUUGAUAAACCAAAGGAAUUUACAUGUUACAUACUGCAAACUUUUGAUACAAAUGUUCUUAAGCUAUGAGUUUAAGCACUGCCUAUGGAUAAAAACCUCCGCCCCGACAUACACACACACACACACACACACACACACACACACACACACACACACACACACAGAGUUUCUUAUUUGCAUUGGAAAACUCUUAAUUUAUUCCAAAAACUCUUUUCCAGUUAUGAAAGCAAUGUUUGAAGAGUUAAUAAGUAUCAUUUUAAAGAUUUAAAUGAUUUAAACCCCACGGGUUGAAAAAUGCAUUUAAACACUUACCCUGCUGGAAGGAGGUGGUGUUUGUGAUUCAGGAGUGUUUUUGGAAAAUGCUGCUCUGGAGCAGAGGAGGGUGACCUGGUUCAGUGUAUUCACUACUAAAUGGCUGUGAGACUUUAGAAAUCACUCUGCUCUCUCUACCUCUCAAUUAUUCAUCUACAAAAUGUGGAGGUAAUAAUAACCAUCUGAUCUGCCUCUGCCCCAUGAAUUAAUUAAUGGUUAAAAGAUAAAGAAGGACCCACGAAAGGGCUUUGUCACCCCAAAUGCCAUGUCCCUUUGCAAAAUACUGGCAUGAAUUUCCCUGAGCAUUUGAAAGUCAUUUUCUAAACUUGCAUUCCAGUAUGCUUUUUCCUUCAAUGAUAGAAAACGGAAAUAAGCACAUUUUAUCCUUUCUCAAAAUUUAAAACAAAACUAGAACAGGAAUUGUUUUCUUCACACCUGAGAAUAAACUUUCAGGCCUUAUUAAAAUGCAGUGGAGAAAAUAAGUAGCACCCUGAAUGUCAACCCAAAUGUUAAACAAAAUCCACAAGAUUCUUCCUUUCCAAUUUCUGAUUCCAUUAAAGGACCCUCUCUAUUUUGGAUGGCGGAGAUUUUUUUUUUUUUUUAAUGAAAUCUCACUGCCUAUUGCAGUGAGUCAGGCAGGCAUUUUAGUUCCUGAGUUAAAUUGGUAAUAGAACCACAGCAAUGUUGCUGGCUUUGAUGUGUAUGACUCAGUCUUUCAAUAUGUGGUUUUCAAAGCAUCGUUGGAGACACGGCUUCAUAGCAAUAUGUAAAGAAUAUAUGAAAAUCAGCAUAUGAGUGUUAGUCAUUCAAAAUUAGUUUUUUUUUACCUCUUUCCUACCAAUUUCACAUUUUGCUGUAACUUGUUCGUCUUUCCAGAGAUAUCAGAAUUUAAAACCAACAAACAGUUCAUCUCUCAAGAAAGAUUACGAAUUAGCAAAAUUCUGAUACCAUUUUAUAUUUAGAUUACAUUUAAGAUAAACUCAUUAUAUACAAAGGAGAAAAGUAUAACUUUCUCUGUAGUGUCUGUAUAUACUGUAUAUAUCUAGAAAAAAAUCUGAAUGACGAGUAGAUUUCAUAUGACCAUUGUUAUUUCCAGUCAAAAAGUGGGGAAAUGUUCUCCAAUACUUGUAUUUUAUUCUACAUGUAAUGGAGUUGUACCUUUUUAUUAUCUAGUAAUUCCUAUAAUAUGCUCCUAUACUUUUCAUUUUCAAGAUGAUGACUCUUGUUCCGUGUUAUUUCUAGCAGUAUAUCUCCAUGAGAUUUGGACAUUGUUUCAUAUUGAAAAGGAUGAAAUUGAUCUUUAAAUUCCUGUGUGUGUAUCCUAUGGUUAUCUGUAUGUAUUAUUUUCUAUUAUUCUAAUAAAAUUUAUAACCUUCAA